AAUCACAGACAAAUGCACAUGCAUUUACAUCUACAUAGACACAGAUAGAAGAAGGUGGUGAAGACUGAAAAAGAAGAAUGUCGUGGGUAAAAUCUGCCGUGAACAAAGCGGUGGAAGCAGGUGGCCAAAGCAAUCUCAGCCGCGCCGUCCGUAACUACGCCGACACCGUUGUCCUCCAUGCAAGCAACGCCGUCGCCGGCGGAGCCAGAAUCAUCCAGGACCGCAUUGUGUCAAGGAAUAUGCAGAGUUUUAAGCAUACUGUAAAACGGUUAGAAGAAGUUUCUGUUUCAUGUAGAGGGAUAGAGAGAGUUCAGUUGCUAAGAAGGUGGUUGGUUGCACUCAGAGAAGUUGAGAGGCUUGGUGCUUCCUGCAUUAAUUCUGACACCAAUUCAAAAGAUCAAGACAACCAAUUUCCUUUUGAUGAUUUUAAGGAUUCGCCUAAAACACCUACUUUGAUUUACUAUGUAGACCCUGGCAUGGUGGGUGAACCUAAAACUUUUCGCGAUGUCUUUCUUUGCAGUCAAGCUCUUGAGGGCAUAACAUUGUCAGUGAUUCUCGAAGCACCAAAUGAGGAAGAAGUUUCACUACUUUCAGAGUUAUAUGGGCUCUGUAUUAAAGGAGGAAAGGAAGAAAAAGCUUCGUUGUUAUUCAGUGUACAGGAUUUGGCAAAAGCAUUUUCUGGAUAUGAAGAUGAAGUACUGGCAAAGCGAGAAGAAUUACUUCAAUUUAUCCAAGAUGCAAUUUCAGGGCUGAAAGUAAAUGCUGAUCUCAUGAGAAUAGAAGUUGAAGCCUGCAAUUUGAAGGAAAAAGUUGAGAAGAUGAAAGAAACCAAUCCAGAUGAAAAUUUUGUAAAAUCACCCAAAGAGACAGCUUCUGUUGCAAUAGAGGCUCUUGAAGUAGCUCUGAAAAAUAUUCAUAUAUGUUCUAAAUUGGAGGAACUCUUACUGAAAAGGAAACACUUUAGCUAUGGUGAUUCUCCGGAACUUCAUGCAGAAAAGGUUGAUAAAUUAAAAGUUUUAUCAGAGUCUCUUGCAAAUUCUGCUGCAAAAGCUGAGAGUCGCAUUUUAGAACAAAGAUCUCAAAAGGAAGAAGCACUUCAUUUUCGGGUAACUAAGUCCAAUGAGGUUAGCCAGGUUGAGAAGGAACUGGCAGUGGAGAUUGAAGAACUUGAGAAGCAGAAAAAUGAGCUCGAAGACAAACUGAAAAAGGUCAACACCUUGUUGGCAUCUGCUCGUGUACGCUUCCACAAUGCAAAAGAAGAAAGAGAUCAGUUUGAUGAAGCAAGCAAUCAAAUUAUUGCACAUUUAAAAAUGAAGGAAGAUGAGUUGGUGCGCGCCAUUGCUUCUUAUAGAAUGGAAGCCAAAGUUGUUGAUACAUGGAUCAAAUUUCUAGAGAGCACAUGGGUAUAUCAAGCCUCACAUACAAAGAGAAAAGAGGAGCAGGUCAAUGCUGAGCUGGAGAAAUAUGGGGAUCAUUUUGUGAAUUUGGCUAUCCAUCUUCUGUCUUCUUACAAGGAGAAAUUGGGUUCAACUGUUCCUCAAAUAAGAACACUUGUGGAUAAUUUAAGUUCGGGUCAAGGGUUAGAAAUAAUGGCAGCUGUAGAUAUUGACGGUUCGAAAGUUGUGAAUUCAAGGAAAAAGCUUGAAGAAGAAUAUUUGGAUAUCGAAUCCAAGGUUUUGACCACUCUGAAUAUAGUGGAUACCAUGAACAAGCAGUUUCACAUUCAAAAGGAAGGAGUUUUCAGAAAAGACAGGGACAAGGUCAGAGAACUAUUAGAUGCCAUUGAAAAAAUAAAGGAUGAAUUUGAAUCUAUUGAGAGACCUAAAUUGCAAAUUGAGAUUCCAACUAAAGGGCUAGAAACACCAAGUCCAAUACACUCAAGAUCUUCUUCACCUACGUCCAUGGCUAAUAAACACAAGCAAGAUAAAUCCAUCAACCCACACUCAAUUAGUGGGAAAACGAUAUCAGUGGCGGAGUUUGAUAGAUUAAGCGAGGAUGACUCAGCAGAAGAAAUAAGUGAAUGGGUGUUUGAUGCUCUUGAUAGAGAUCAACAUAAUAGGAGUUGACAACAUGAAGAUGAUAGACCAGAAGUACUGAUGAAAACAUGAUGAAAAGGACAACACUUCACUUGUGUCUUGGGAAGGCUGAGAUUGAUUUUUCAAUGUAGGCUUAUCAUGUCUUGAACUUGUCUAGGGAAUUCACUUAACGGAUGUACAUGAAACUGCUUUGGUCCACUGAAGGAUGUAUUUAUACCAUUAUCAUAUUCAAUCAUUAUUCCAAUGUUGAUC